AUGCCAGCAGCAGCAGCAGCAGCAGGUGAGGUGCUGUUUCCUGUGGUGCGGGAGGAAGCAGCAGAAUACGGAGAAGAGAGAGAAAGGACUUUGUGCGGCUACGAAGAAGCAAGUGAUGAUGCUUGCUGCUUGAGCAGCAGCAGCAGCAAGAGCUGGGAAGUGGAGCCUGUGGUUGCUGCAGCGCCCCUCUGCAGCACGACAGCCAGCAGCAGCAGCAACAGCAACAGCAGCAGCAGCAGCUGCGGCGCAGGGGAACUUCCCCUCUGGCUUAGCAGCUUCGAGGAGGACCCCGCUGUGUCUCCUUCAGCAGCAGAUUUGUCUUUCUGUCUCUCCCAAACAAACGCAGCAGCAGCAGCAGCAACAGGUAGUAUUCCGGCUCUUGAGCUCGGGGGUGCACAUACACCUGAAGUUGACUUGGCUUGUGCCUCAUCCUUUUUAAAUGGCGCGCUGCAGCAGCAGCAGCUGCAGCAGCUGCCGCCUUUCUCCAUGACUCCGCUGCAGCUGCAGCAGCAGCAGCAGCAGCAGGAUCUUUUUGGCGACUCCCUUUUGUCGCAGCUGAGGGCUCUGGGGAGCCGUGACUUCCUGCAGCUCGACGCUGCUUUAGACUUGGACCUGCAGCGGCAGCAGCAGCAGCAGCAGCCGCUGCUGCUGCCGCAGCAGGAGCAGCAGGAGGACCUGCUGCAGCAGGGGCCUGCUGCGUCUCUGGAGCUGCUGGGCCGCAGCGGCCUGAGCGUUCCCUUCCGCGGGGGCAGCAGCAGCAGCGGGAGCAGCGGCGCUUCCGCCGCCGCUGCUGCUGCUGCUGCUGCUGCUGCUGCUGCUGCACCGCCGCGGCGGGGCGGCGGCCGCCGCAGGGGGGGCCCCACAGGCCCCCGCGAGGGCCGCAGCGACUCCAAAAUGCUGCUGCAGUACUACAUGGGUUUGGUGCGAGAUUGCUGCCGCCGGCGAGAUGGUGCAGCAGCACUUCGGGUUUUGGCAACAGUUCAGAAAGAAGGAAAAGUCUUUCCAGACAUUCAGCUCCUCAACUACGUCUUGUUUGCCUGUGUCGCCAGCGGGGAGCAGCAGCUCGCCAAGAGGCUCUUCAGCCGCAUCGAAGAGGCCGGAGUCGCGGACUUGGUGACUUACAACACAAUGCUGAAGGCGUAUUCGUCUCGAGGGGAAUUAGCUGCUGCUGAGGCGCUGCUGGAGAAGAUCCGCAGAAGCAACAUCGAGCCCGACGGCGUCUCUUACAACUUGCUGGUUAAUGCUGCAGUCAGCUGCGGCAGGGUGGACAGGGCGUGGUUCUACGUCGAGGAAAUCCAGAACCACCACAUGGCGCCGGACAAGUUCACCGUCAGCGCCCUGGUGAAGAGCCUGCAACCUGGCCAAGAUCCGAAACUGAUUCGCCGCACUCUACAGCUCAUGGAUACAGCGAACGCGUGCGAAGACCUGAUUCUGCUUUCAACUUGCAUCGACGCGACGCUGCGGCUCAACGACACCGAACGGCUGCGGCGGCUGCUGCAGCGCUUCGAAAGAUCGCCGCUGACUCUCAACGCCCACGCGUACGGCACCCUGAUCAAGGCUUACGGCCGGCUGGGCCACGUUGACAAGGUUUGGGACUUGUGGAGAGACCUGCAUAGCAGGAAAAGCAUCGAACCGACGAACUACACUUACGGAUGCAUGCUGGAAACGCUGCUGUCGCACAACCUGCUGGCCGAGGCGAAGAAGCUGUUCACCUCUAUGGUGCAGCAGCAAGUGGCGGACUCAGUUCAUUUUUCAAUUUUAAUAAAAGGCCUCUCUCGGUACAAGUCCAGAGGCGUAGAUGUGGCUCUGGAGGCGUACGCGGCGGUGCAGCAGGCGGCCUCCACCGCGGGGCAGCAGCAGCGGCAGCAGCAGCAGCAGCGACAGCGCCAGCCGCAGCAGCAGCAGCAGCAGCAGCGGCAAGCUGUCCUCAACACAAUAUCUCUCAAUGCCCUUUUGCAUCUCUGCGUCGUCAACGGCAGAACAGACGACGCGCUUCGUCUUUUCCGGGAUAUGCAUGCGCAGGGUUCUGUGUUCCCUGAUUUGAUAUCUUUCAGCACCGUGAUCAAGGGGCUUUGCUGCUGCCCAGGAGACGAGCCGCUGAAGGAGGCGCUGUCGCUGCUGCAGCAAAUGCAGCAGCAAUAUCAAAUAAAGCCCGACGCAAUUGUCUUCAACACCUUAAUUCAGGGAGCAGCAACGCGGCGCAACGUGCCGCUCGUGGAGCUGCUGCUGCAGCAGAUGACUGCAGCAAAUGUCCAGCCCAGCAGCUACACCCUUUGCCAGUGCGUGAAGCUUUACGGCCGCUGCAACAAUCUGCAGAAGGCGUUGGAGCUGGCUCAGGCGCUGCCGGCUCGUUUUGGCUUCGCCAUAGAUAGUCAUGCAUACACUGCAUUAGUUGCUGCAUGCAUUUCAAAUGGUGCUGCUGCUCUUGCUGCUGAGCUGCUGCUCAAAGCAGCAGCACAGGGGGUGCUGCUGCCGCAGGGCGUUGUUAACAGGGUCUGGAACGCCGUCAACCAGCAGCAGCAGCAGCAACAGCAGCACCAGCAGCAGCAGCAGCAAGGCACGCAGGAACAGCUGCAGCAAGGGCAGCAGCAGCUGUUGCCCCCACUGCAGCAGCAGCUGCAGCAGCAGCAGCAGCAGCAGGAUGGGAGGAGCCGCAGCCUAGAAGACAUGCAUGCUGUUUGCAAGGGCCUGUGGGAGCUCAUGGGGCCUCGAGCUAGAGGACAAUGGCAGCAGCAAGAAGACAAAGAGAAAAAGCUGCAAGCAUCAAAAUGCUGCAGGUCUAACCGCCACCAAAUCCAGCAGCAGCAGCAACAGCAGCAGCAGCGGCAACAGCAGCAGCAACAACAGCAGCAGCAACAGCAGCAGCAGCAGCAGCAACAGAGUAGCACAGACACUCCCCAAUUAAGCCGCAGAAGGAGAUACAGCGGCGGGGGGCGAGCUACUGGCAGGUGCAAGAACAACAGCCACUGCUGCAGCAGCAGCAGCAGCAGCAGCAAAAGCUGCUGGACGCCAGAGGAUGACGCUCAAGCAGUUUGGCCAGAAGGCCCUGCAACACUUGCAGCAGCAACAGCUGCAGCAGCAACAGCUGCAGCCGCAACAGCUGGAGCAGUCAUAGCUGCAGCAACAACAGCUGCAGCAGCCAUAGCUGCAGCAGCCAUAGCUGCAGCAACAACAGCUACAGCAGCAACCGCUGCGUCAGCAACAGCUGCUGCAACAGCGGCUGCGGCGGCUACAGUUGGAGUAGCAACAGUUGCGGUAGCAACUGCUGCAGUAACAGCAGCAGCAACAGCUACAGCAGUAUCACUAGCAGCUGUUGCAGCAGCAACAGCUGCAACAGCAACAGCUGCAGCAGCAAGAGUUGCUGCUGUUAUGUGUGUUUGCCAUCUCCUGGGAACGUAG